AUAUUGUGCAAAUGUGCUGCAGAUCUUUAUUGAUCACGAUGGAGUUUCUUCUUCAUAGAAAUAUGAAAUUGGUAACAGUUGGAAAUGUUACCUCUUAAGCUGAGGUUAUCCCCAGGUUUUAUUUUGAAAAGCACAGUUUUAAGGUCAAAUCUCGAACAUGGGAAGGUGAUUGAAGAUGGAGCUUGGAAACUAGGAACAUCACUUCCGUCUUCGUUUUUAAAUUCACCUUGGUGACCAUCGUUCGAUUCAUGGCUGCCCAUGGAAUAGCGUCAAGAGUAGUUGUCUCAGGAAAGCGUGUUUUGAACCCUUUCCGUACUUUUCUGCUUCGCGUAUCCUCUGAAAUCUUAGAAGAAGACUUGAGGUCUAUGAAAUUUCUUUUGGUAAAUGAAAUUCCGGAGGGAAUUUUGGAAAAUUGUCAAAAGCCUACAGACUUGUUUUCCCACAUGAUAAAGAAGUGUCUUAUAGCAGAGAACGACUUGGAUCUCCUUGAACAACUUUUCAAUCACAUUACCAGAUCUGAUCUUGCAGAACGUGUGAGAGUUUUUAUAAGGAAGUCUUCCUCAUCCCAAGAACUGGUCAGUGCACCCACAGCACAGGUGACUCGUGAAUUACCAGCCAUGGGAAAGGCAAUGGUUUGCUUCAUGUUAUCUGGUAAUAAUAUUGACCAAAAUGCCACCCUUCAACAAUUGAAAUUUGGAAUUUGUGCAGCUCUUAAAAUGAAAAGUUCUGAAAUAAGCUUUGUUAAAACAGAGAAGGAAGCAAAGAACUUAGCCAGCUUUGUCUUUCAAAUCCCAAAGAAAGAAGAGCUGUUAAAUUCAUUACGUAAUGAUGCCCUUCAAAAAGAGGACUGGCUUUGUCAAUGUGGAAUUCAAGCAGUUAAGGUUGGUGGGGAUGCAAGUUACAUUUGUCUCGCUCAGCCACUCGCCUAUCCACCCCAGGAUACCCAAGCCAGGCUUUCACAGCCUUUCCAGGCAGGAAGUGAUGCAGAUUUAAAGUGCAAAGGCUUUGUUGAUAAACACAACCUGGAUUUGAUUGUUGUUGUUGAACGUAUUAAGGAUCAGAUGUUUCAUACAAGGCUAAAAACUCAACUGGCUCACUUGGUUGAAAUGAUUUGUGCAAGAGAUUACAACUUCCGACUAGCCCUGGUUUGUUAUCCGGAUCACAGUCUUUGUUUUCCCAAUGCUAACACUUGGUGGUUUGCUAAAGAAAAAGAUGUCAUGAAGUCUCAGAUACAUUUCCUGAAUGAAUCUAGAACAGCACCUUCAGCAAAUGGGUUGGCUGAUGGUCUUGCACUGGUUCGAGAUUUAGCAACCAAAAAAGAUUCUAGAUCAUGUCGAAAAGAUGCCAAUAAAAUUUGCAUAUUACUGCCUUCAGUGAAUGAGAGAACUUCCCUUGAAACAUAUAAGUGUUCAAAUGGCCAUGAUGUGAUGAAACUUUGCAGACAGUUGGCAGAAAAUUCUGUCACCCUUUACACAGUUGGAAUCUUGCAACCGACAACUGCAUCCUCUUUUGGAAGAAACCCAUUGCCAGAAUUCUUUGCAGGGAUAUCACUCAAGACUGGUGGUCGUUAUAUCCAAACACAGAACAUUAAGCACCUGCCUGGGAUAAUGAUGUGUGCUAUUAAAGAAGAUCUCUCCUUGGAGUGCCUCAUUGGCACUGCACAUGAUAUUGUCCUACCAGAUGUGAUUGAGAAAUAUGGGGAUAUUAAUGUGGAGGAGCUUACCAAAAUGCUUAAAGAAGAACUAAAUCAAAGAUCCUGCCUCGCAAAAAGCAUUGUACUGCAAAACAAUGUGACUGUUCUGCGUGAAUCUGAGUUGGCGCUGAAGUUGUCUUAUGAUGAGGACUUGGAGAGUGCCUGUUUCACUUUCACUGAAGGUGUUAAAAGAUUGAAGCAAGCAGUUAUACCUACUGAUGGAAUACCGCAAGAUGUGGACAUGGAAAAGAUGACUAGUGACUUAGCAAGAGUUACAAUAUCAAAAGAUCAGGAAAUCACAGAUGAUUUGUCAGAGCGACUUAUCCGCAAAGUUGGACAUCGAACUCUUUACUGCACUUCAUUCUAGGACUGAGUAAAAUAAGUAUUUACUUGUGUCAGUACACAAGUUGCUGGAAUCUUAUUGGUUCUUAAUAGCCCAUUAAUUUGCAACAAGUGUAGCACCUUGAACAGUCCAAUUUUAGCUGCCUUAUUUCAACCACCAAGUGUAUUUGGAAAGAUCAAAUCAAAGAGUUGAAUUAAAGAGGUAAUGAAAAUUAGUAAUAAAUGGUAAGAGCUGACACAAUUCAAGUACUCCACAGAAAUCAAGGAAUUUUUUAAGUAAGAAGGUUUACUAACUCCAUCCUGGAAAUAUGAAAUUAAUUGGUUGAGCUUUAUGCUGGUGUAUGAAAUGAAAUGCUAGUCCUGUCAUUCGAUAUUUCAUGCCAAACUUUCUAGAAUUUUGUUGCUGACAAAAUUAAAUGGUAAAAUGACUGAGAAGUGAAUGAUUCAGGUGCAAGAAAAGGCCAUGGGAUGUGCCAACAUCCAGCUUUUCUAUACAAGUCAAAAAGUUUUCACUUAUCUCACAUGUUAAUACUUUAAUUUGAUCUAAGAGUAAAAUACAGUUUACUGAUCUUCGGUGAACUUUCUCAAAGCUAGGAACUGUACAGGUAUUAGAAAGUGUUGUAAUAGCAAUAAAUUAAAUGUAACCACAUACACAUAAUAAUUUUCUGGAAGACUAGUACAUGGAACCUAGCUGCUUUGCUACAACUCCUUUUAGAACUGAAAUUUGGCCUUAUAUGUCUUGCAUCUUUUAAAAAAGUUUUAUUAAAAUAAACCUAAUAGAUAUUUGUAAAA